UAACGUUUUAUUGACAGCUCUAAUUGGAAUUACCAAAGCACCAAAUUGUCCACUCCAAUGGCAGCAUUCUCCCAUUACUCCCCCAACUCCGACCUCCAAAUUCCGAUCAAAAUGUAGAUAAACCCUUUGCAAUCUCGUAUGGUGAAUCCGAGAUUUUUUUAAAGAAUCACAGAGUUGCGAGAAAGGGAGGAAAAUCGAGGGUGAUAAAUGGGGAAUAAGAUAGCGCGAACGACGCAGGCAUCGGCCACGGAGUACUAUCUUCAUGAUUUGCCGUCGUCGUACAACUUGGUGCUGAAGGAAGUUUUAGGGAGAGACCGUUUUCUAAAGUCCAUACUCUGCAAGCACGAUGAGGGCUUGGUGCUCGUUAAGGUCUACUUCAAGCGUGGCGACUCCAUUGAUCUGCGCGACUACGAGCGCAAGCUUGCCAGCAUUCGCCAAAUUUUUUCACACCUCGAUUAUCCCCACGUUUGGCCCUUCCAGUUUUGGCUUGAAACGGAUAAAGCUGCUUAUUUGUUGAGGCAGUAUUUUUUUAACAAUCUUCAUGAUCGGUUGAGCACUCGACCUUUCCUCGGUCUAGUUGAAAAGAAAUGGCUAGCUUUUCAGUUGCUUUAUGCCGUGAAGCAGAGCCAUGAGCAUGGGAUAUGUCAUGGUGAUAUUAAAUGUGAGAAUGUGCUGGUCACUUCCUGGAAUUGGCUCUAUCUUGCUGAUUUUGCAUCAUUUAAGCCCACUUAUAUCCCAUAUGACGAUCCCUCUGAUUUUUCAUUCUUCUUUGAUACUGGUGGAAGAAGGCGCUGUUAUGUCGCACCUGAGAGGUUUUAUGAACAUGGAGGUGAGACGCAGGUGGCACAAGAUGCACUUCUGAAGCCCUCAAUGGACAUCUUUGCUGUAGGGUGUGUGAUUGCUGAGCUUUUUCUUGAAGGCCAACCAUUGUUUGAGCUCUCUCAAUUGCUUGCAUAUCGAAGAGGACAAUACGAUCCUACCCAGCAUCUGGAAAAGAUUCCAGAUUCGGGAAUCCGUAAGAUGAUACUCCAUAUGAUUCAACUUGAUCCGGAGUCGAGAUGCUCUGCUGAGAGCUACCUGCAGAAUUAUGCUGGUGACGUGUUUCCAAGAUACUUCUCACCGUUUCUUCAUAAGUUCUAUUCCCUGCUAAAUCCUCUGAGUUCUGAUGCGCGGGUUCUAGCAUGCGAGACCUCUUUCCAAGAAAUACAUAGACAAAUGAUGGGGAAUAAGGCCGGCGAGGACAUGAUUUCUGAACCAGAAUCUUCUUCUGAUGAUAAAAGGACAUCCCCACAAACAACUAAUGCGAAACAACAAUAUGGUAGAGCAGGUAUAUUUUUGAGCGAAAGAAAUGAAAACCGCCCUGAUUUUCUUGGAAACGUGAAUGCUCUCUUAAUGGAUGUGAAAGAAAACAAUGGGAGUCAUGGUACUAAGUCUGAGCGAGAUAGUGAGGUGAAGACUGCAUAUUCUCAAAAUCAGAAGCACAGUGGGUUUCAGUCUCCUGGUGAGCUGAUUCAAAGUAUCUCCAACAUAUUCCAGCGAAGUCACCAUCCAUUCUUAAAGAAGAUCUCAAUGACUGAUUUGAGCUCAUUGAUAUCAGAUUUCAACAACCAGUCGGACACCUUCGGCAUGCCCUUUUUACCAGUACCUCUGGAUAUCUUGAGUUGCGAGGGUAUGGUUUUGAUAGCCUCACUUCUUUGUUCUUGCAUUCGUAAUGUGAAGGUUCCCUUUAUUAGGAGGGCUGCUGUGCUCUUGCUUAAAUCCUGCUCUUUGUAUAUUGAUGAUGAAGAUCGACUGCAACGCAUCCUUCCUUAUGUUAUAGCUGUUCUUUCAGAUCCAGCUGCCAUUGUCCGUUGUGCAGCAUUAGAGACUUUGUGUGAUAUUCUUCCUCUAGUCAGAGAUUUUCCUCCUAGUGAUGCCAAAAUUUUUCCCGAGUAUAUUCUUCCUAUGCUUUCAAUGCUUCCUGAUGAUUCUGAAGAGAGUGUGAGGAUUUGCUAUGCCAGUAAUGUGUCCAAGUUGGCAUUGACUGCUUAUGGGUUCUUAAUCCACUCAAUAAGCUUGACUGAGGCAGGAGUUCUCAAUGAGAUUAAUUUAUUGCGGAAGUCAUCAAAACAGGCAACAGAUAUAUCUGGAGAGCCACAGAAGGUGAAUAAUGAUGCACAGCUUGCACAACUUAGGAAAUCCAUUGCAGAGGUUAUUCAAGAACUUGUGAUGGGUCCAAAGCAAACACCAAACAUAAGGAGGGCACUCCUGCAGGAUAUUGGCAACCUUUGUUGGUUUUUCGGGCAAAAACAGAGCAACGAUUUUUUACUGCCUAUCCUCCCUGCUUUUCUGAAUGAUCGUGAUGAGCAGCUCAAAUCUGUAUUUUAUGGGCAAAUAGUAUAUGUUUGUUUUUUUGUGGGCCAACGCAGUGUGGAGGAGUACCUGUUACCUUACAUUGAGCAGGCACUAAAUGACAUCACCGAGUCCGUCAUUGUCAAUGCCUUAGAUUGCUUGGUCAUUCUGUGCAGAAAUGGUUUCCUGCGGAAACGGAUCCUUCUUGAGAUGAUUGAACGUACUUUUCCUUUGCUAUGCUAUCCCAGCAAAUGGGUAAGGAGGUCAGCCGUCUCUUUUAUUGCAGCUAGUAGUGAGAACUUAGGUGCUGUGGAUUCGUAUGUAUUUCUUGUGCCACUUAUACGCCCAUUCUUGCGUAGACAACCAGCAUCAUUGGCCACAGAAAAAUCUCUAAUUGGGUGUCUAAAGCCACCUGUCUCAAGAGAACUAUAUCAUCAAGUUUUAGAAAAUGCAAGAAGUUCAGACAUGCUAGAGAGGCAGAGAAAGAUUUGGUACAAUACGUCAUCACAAUCCAAAAAUUUUGAAGCUGUAGACUUGCUUCAGAAAACUGCCAGGGAAUUGGAUCCAAUGAAAUGUUUGUCAGACAGACAAAAUGAUAUUCAACAUCACAACUUUACGACUACUUCUGGUGAAUACAUGGAUUUUGCUAAUACUGAUGAUAAUGAGGGAAAGCUCAAAGCUAUGAGAAACUUCACACAAAAUGUGUUGAAUCCAGAGGAAGUCCAUGAUCGUAUUGCCUCAGAAAAAUCUCAACUGUCUGGAUUUAUAUCGCCUCAAAUGAGUUGCAUGAACAGCUUUAUUGAUAAAUCCUCAGAAAGCAUACCCUUGUACUACUUUAAGGUUGACAACAAGAGAACAUUAGGAACUGCCUCAGCUGCGUCUGAUUCUUCAUUACCAUAUAGUUCCUUAGGUUUUAGCACUUCCUCCCUGCCUUGGGUUGAUCCAGUCAACAAAUCAUUCAGUUUAGCAAGUUCAAUACCGGCUCCUAAGGUGGUCUCAGGAUCAACCUAUGUUGGAAAUGGCCCUGCAUUAUUGAGGAGAGUUGUGCAUGAAGUAGAAGACCGAGAGACUGACGAAACAGCUCAUAUUAGCAGCAAAUUUCAUGAGAUGGGAAUUUCUGAUAGAACGAGAGGAAGUCCUCUCACAAUGGGUGAUCAUUCCUCAUCAGGCGAGUCAACAGAACUUUCAUCAUUAGCAUGGUCAUCAACUGUUCCUGAUUCUGGGUGGAGGCCAAGAGGGGUGUUGGUUGCACACCUCCAGGAGCACCGUUCUGCUGUAAAUGAUAUUUCCAUCUCCAUGGACCAACAAUUUUUUGUUAGUGCUUCUGAAGAUUCAACUGUAAAGAUCUGGGAUUGCAAGAGGUUGGAGAAGGACAUAUCAUUCAGGUCUAGGCUAACCUAUUCUCUGGGUGGGAGUCGAGCAAUGUGUGCUGCAGUGCUUCAAGGUUCUACGCAAAUUGUUGUUGGGUCAAGUGAUGGGGCGAUGCACAUGUUUUCUGUUGAUCACAUCUCUAGAGGACUUGGGAAUGUUGUUGAAAAUUAUUCUGGUAUUACUGAUGUGAAGAAGAUUGGUUCCGGAGAAGGUGCUAUACUAAGUCUUUUGAGCUUCUCUGCCGAUGGAGGAACCGGCAAAAUGAUCCUAUACAGCACGCAAAAUUGUGGAAUCAAUGUAUGGGAUACAAGAACAAGUUCAAAUGGUAGGAACACAAAAGUUUGUCCUGAGGAGGGUUAUAUAUCUUCACUGGUGGCCGAUCCUUGUGGUAAUUGGUUCGUAUCUGGAUCAUCAAGGGGUGUGCUUACUCUAUGGGAUCUCAGAUUCUGCAUUCCUGUCAACUCCUGGCAAUAUUCGCCUGCAUGCCCAAUCGAGAAGAUGUGUCUUUUUGUUCCUCCUGCUGGCACUCCCUUGUCUGUUGCUACAAGACCUCUUGUUUAUGUUGCAGCUGGGUGUAAUGAAGUUUCCCUUUGGAAUGCAGAAAAUGGGAGCUGUCACCAGGUAUUAAGGGCAACAAACCACGAGUCUGACUCUGACAAUUGUGAGUUUCCAUGGGCCUUGGCCAGACCAUCUAAUAAGAUUAAUGCUAAAUCGGACCCAAGGAGAAACAUCAGUUCUAAGUACAGGAUUGAUGAGCUGAAUGAACCCACACCUCGUGUUCCUGGUAUCCGUGCCUUGCUUCCAUUACCUGGUGGAGAUCUGCUGACUGGUGGAACUGACUUGAAAAUACGUCGUUGGGAUCAUUGCAGCCCUGACCGGAGCUAUUGUGUAUGUGGGCCAUCUAUUAAAGGCAUCACAAAUGAUGAUUUCUAUGAGACAACGUCUAGCUUCGGGGUGCAAGUUGUGCAGGAAACAAAAAGACGACCUCUGGCAACCAGGUUGACUGGGAAAACAAUUCUUGCUGCUGCUGCCACAGAUUCUGCAGGUUGUCACCAUGAUUCUAUACUCUCUUUGGCUUCUGUAAAAUUGAACCAAAGACUUCUUAUAUCAAGCAGCAGAGAUGGAGCUAUAAAGGUUUGGAAGUAAAGGUCCUUCUAUGAUGCUAAUUUAUCUGUACAAAUUUGUAUGGAACUUCAAUGGGAAAAAAAUGUACAUAAUUUAUAAUUAUCAUAGAAAGACAGCUGAGCAUUUCAGAUAUAUUUUUCCCCAAUUUCUGUACAGUGUAACAGUGGGUUAAAUUAUCAAAAGUAUAUUUGCCAAGUUGCUGCUAC